CGGCUGAAGGGGAACAGGGGGGUCUGGGGGCGGAUUUCCACACCGGGAGGACGCGCAGGAGCCUGGAGCCUUUGCCUUCAGGGGUCGCAGGGCUGGAGGAGGGCUGGGAGCUGGGGGAGGGAGGAGGUGGGUAGCUGCACCAUACAUGUACGGGACAGAGCUCCUUCAAUCCCUGCAGAGCCCGGUGCCCAUGCUGCUCAUGGGCAUCAAGGUCUCCUGCUGCUGCUGCUGUCACAUUAACGUGUAGCGGAUCCCAUAAGGAUUUGCGUUACGCUGAAUACUGCGCACACCCUGCCCUGAUGUGCUUAGAGGUGGCAGGCAAAGGUGGGAGCAGUGGGAAAGGAGAUGUUCCUCGUGUCUGUGCUGGAAGCAGGAUGAAUCUCGUGUCUAUGGCGACAGAUCCCGAGUUGAAAUGGAUAACCCUGUGGGUCCGAAUCAGGUGGGCGGCUGUGCUCGUGCUCCUUCUGGGCUCGCUCGUGAUGCUGCUGCUCCCGUUGGCUGCUGUGGAAGACCAGUGCCACGCAGUGCUCAAAGGACUUUCCUUCCUGAAAAGUAAACUGGGUGCGGGCUCCUCGGGGGUCACCAGAUACACGGGACAAACAACUGGGCUGAGCGUGACCUCCAAUGGGCUGGAGCUGCUGGUGCUGAAAGGCAAAGCCUCCCCAGAAGUUAAGUUAGAAGCCAAAGCAGCUCUGAAUCAAGCCCUCGAGAUGAAGCGCCAAGGAAAGCGGGAGAAGGCCCACAAACUCUUUGUGUAUGCCCUCAAAAUGGACCCUGAUUAUGUGGAUGCCCUGAAUGAAUUUGGUAUCUUUUCUGAAGAGGAAAAAGACAUUCUUCAAGCUGACUAUUUGUACUCUAAAGCACUAACCAUUUCACCCUGCAACGAGAAGGCUUUGAUCAAUCGGGACCGGACGCUACCUUUAGUUGAAGAGAUAGAUCAGAGGUAUUUUAGCAUUAUUGACAGCAAAGUUAAAAAAGUGAUGGCAAUCCCCAAAGGUAAUUCUGCCCUGCGCCGAGUGAUGGAAGAGUCCUAUUAUCACCACAUCUACCACACGGUUGCUAUUGAAGGGAACACUCUGACGCUGUCAGAAAUACGACACAUCAUUGAGACCAGAUACGCUGUUCCUGGAAAAAGCUUAGUGGAGCAGAAUGAAGUGAUUGGCAUGCACGCAGCUUUGAAAUAUGUCAAUACCACGCUAGUAUCGCGGAUAGGCUCUGUAACCAUCAGCGACAUCUUGGAGAUACACCGGAGAGUGCUGGGCUAUGCCGACCCAGUGGAGGCAGGACGGUUCAGGACUACUCAGGUGUUUGUAGGACAUCACAUACCACCACAUCCCCAAGAUGUUGAGAAACAGAUGCAGGAGUUUGUGCAGUGGAUUAACUCAGAAGAUGCCAUGAGCUUGCACCCUGUGGAAUUUGCUGCGUUAGCCCACUACAAGUUGGUUUACAUCCAUCCAUUUGUAGAUGGCAACGGAAGGACCUCGCGCCUGUUAAUGAACCUCAUACUAAUGCAGGCAGGCUACCCGCCCAUCACAAUCCGCAAGGAGCAACGGGCCGAGUAUUACCAUGUCUUAGAAGUAGCCAACGAGGGCGAUGUAAGGCCUUUCAUACGCUUUAUUGCUAAGUGUACUGAGACGACUCUGGACAUGUUGCUCAUUGCUACCACAGAAUACUCCGUGGGCUUACCUGAAGCAGAUGGCAGCACUGCUGGAUGCAAACAAACUAUCCCUGUCAAGACCUGAGGGUUGUGGACAUUCAGGAGCCAGUGAACACGUGGAAGAACAGAACGCCAAGCCACUCAGUAUUCCUGCUGGGAAAUAACUCAACAGGUGUCACUUUUUAGCAUUUCAUUUAUUUAAAGUGUCUUACAUUGGAUUAAAUUAAUAUAAUUUAUUUAUAUACAUAAUGCCAAGUUGAAAUGUGAACUGUUGAUGUUGACUGUGCACUAUAACUUGCUUGUGCUACUGGAAGGAGGUGGGGAGAGGUGGCAGAGGGGCUCAACAAGCUGAAGCAGAAUUUAGCUUCUCCUUAAAAUUAAGCUUUGACAAGCCACUUCAAUCACUACCCUUCACCUAGUCAGUCAACUGCAUCGUCUUAUCUUGUCAAGGAGCUGCUAGGCAAGACAAAGUCUUAACUGAGUUGUUGCUUUUGUGUUACCUCUUCCCUGUUGUUCAUAAAAAAAAAAAAACAAAAACCAACCCCCAAAACACAACCCUUGCAGUAACAGCACUUUCCCAGCUAUAUUAAUCAGACUCUUUCCUGUCAGUCAUACAAGUUUGACAGUACUGAUCAGGAAGGAGGCUAAACUCCAGUUCAGCAAAGGCAUCUCUUCCCUCCCACUUCUGUUUUCACUAGCACUUUGCAUGUUUACUUUCAGUUGCCUUUCUUAGGGUGAGUUUUGUAGAACAAGUGGGAAGUAUUAUUUGGUUUAAGAUUACAGAUGAUGUGACUGAACAAGAGAAGAAAUGCUCUCUGACUUACUUCACUGAACUACGGGGUGCUUUUGCUGUACUUCAGACAGAAGGACUACCUAGCACUGAGGCUUUGCCUCAGAGCCCAGGAAGCCCUGGGAAACUGCAACUGUCCUUAUACGUUUCAGUUCAGGGUUUGAAAAGAGCUUGCUUCUGCAAAGCUGUGGGCAGAAAAGGUUAUUAUACAUAACUAUGAGACAAUUAUCAAUUUAUUAUUUAUCAAUUGUGCCAUUUUGGUAAGAAUGUGUUACCAAAACCUUCAGUUUCUUCAAUCUACACAAGAGAACUUUUCACAAUUAAUUACUAGGUCAUCUUAUUACUGUGAUAAAUGCGUCAAGAAUCCCAUGAAGCCUCUUUGUGUUGCAGUGGCAGUUAGUGUAGUACCUGAAAGCUGCUGUGCAAUUCAAAGCAGCAUACUUUAUCUUUGUUUUUAAGGUAAAAGCACCUGCAGCCUAACAUAGAAGAAUAGCUCCCUACACCCCUGCUUGGCAGUUGUGCAACAGCAUAAUUGAUCCCAACAAACAUCUCUGAGGUCAGAAAACUUCCAUUCAAUCCAGUUUAGAGUGCUGUGAAGCUUAAACCCUUUGCAAAACAGCAUAAGCUGUUAGACUGUCCCAGGCCAGUGUUAAGUUUCUUCCCUUCUAACUCUCUCUUACUUGCAAGGUAGUUAGGACACAUUUUAUACAAGCAGACAAUAGGACAAGACUGGGAGUUCUCUAUAUGCUAUGGCACCACUCCAUGCUUAUGUACCAAUUACUGCUGACAGGGAAAGCAAAUAAUAAAUGAGGAAGGUUGUUCUGUCCUUACAAAGUGUGCUUAUUUUUGUAGUGCAAGGUGAAUAUAAAUAAAAUCUGCACUUUAGAGCUCGGGGGGAAAAAAAGUAUGUUAUUUUAGUAACAGAUUAAUAAACUAUUUUAAUAUUAAAAA